AUGCAGGUUCUCGAGGCUGAUGGGCACUGCUCUGUGAUGAACCCCAUGGCUGACCACGAUGGUCCGGUGGUGGACUCGGUCCUGGGCAAGAGGAAAAGAAGCGUUGCUGCAGCAGCCUCUAGUGAUGUUGAUAAGUUCAUACCAGGCUAUACGCCAAGAAGAGGGGACUUCGAAGUGGACUACGAUGACUGCGCGGAACUCCUUCUCGCAGAUAUGGAGUUCAACCCCUCAGAUCGACCCGAGGACACCAAAAUCAAGGCUGAUGUCCUGUUGGCCUACAACGCGCGGUUGUCCCUUCGUGAGGAAAUGAAGCGUUAUGUUGUGGCUCGACAGAUGGUUCUGCAACAGCCGCCGUGCAGUGCAUCAGCGGGGGGUGGGGGAGUUCCUGCACCCCCUCCUGUGAAUGCACAUACGCGUGCAGGGCAAAUCUUGAGUCGACUUCUCCGACCUGUGGAAAGGUUUUUUGAUUCAAAGGACGACUGUGAGGAGUUCAAACAAUUACUGUUGGAGGAACAGAGGAUCGAACACAGGCUAGAGGAGCUGGAAGGGAUCAAGUCGGAGGAGACGGCCUCUAUCGAUGCACCAGCACGUCAAGGCACCAUACCAGAUGCAUGGAUGAGGAAACAUGUUCUUAGGAAGCGACGAGUCAAUAAGGAUAUUGUGAAAUCCGAGUGUGUCAAGAAUCUAGGCGAGCAGGAACUUGCGUGGUGUGAAGAGGUUGAUGUAUCACCACAUCACUUCGCACUAGUCCGGGAUGCACUCGUACGCGAAGCCCUGAAGGGCACGGCCGGAGGAGGAGGAGGAGGAGCUCAAUUGGUGCUGAAGAUCUCUCGAGCCGAGCCUCUUAGUCGUACAUUCAAAUUCGAACUGGAAGAUGCAGGAGAGAACGCUCACGUUAUGGCCCCUCGGAACCCCGAGCGAGCGUCCCCAGCGGCUACUGCAGGCGGCUGA